AUGAACACAACCAACGAUCAAAUUACCGGAACAAAUCAAAGAUCAAAUGUAUUUUGGCAAAGGGUUCUAGCGUCCUACGAAGAUGCAAGAAAAGCAAACCCGGAGGAGAUCGCCAUCAGAACCGUUGGUACUCUGAAGGGACGGUGGUUAAGAAUUGCUCCGGCAAUUGUCAAGUGGUGUGGUAGCAUCGACAAGUUCUAUAAAGAGUGGCUCCAACUUAAGAAGUGGGAUAUAUAUCGUUCUAUUCUUAAGCAAAAAGUUCAUGUGUCAGGACGUGGUCGUCCAUCAAAGAAGCCUGCGACGGUUAAUACCCCGGAGAGCGGUAGCAGCGAAAAGAGAUCAAGGGAUGAAAAUGGUGGACAAACACCAAAUACACCAACAAGUGGAGACUUUUUUACUGAUGAGUUUGUACCACGUCCUGAUGGUUUGAAGAAGGCUAAGUUGAGGUUGAAGGGUAAGGAAGUAACAACUCAAGCACUUGAUACUUUCGAAUCAUUUGGUGACAAACUUAAACUAUACGGUGAGAUGAGGGAUAAGACUGUUGAUAGAGAUUUAGAAAGGCUCAAGUUGGAGAAGAAGAAAGAAGCUAGAAAACAAAAGCAAAUUGAGCUGGAGGAGAGAAACAUUUAG